UUUUUUUUUUUAUUAUGUAUGACUUUAUGGAAUAUUGUCUUCGACGUUAUUAUCGAUCGUCUGGAUGGAAUGAAGAAAAUCAAUAUUCCAAUUUAUGUUCAUGGUCACGUACACUACUUGAUUUUUAUACCCCUCGUGGACUUUCACUUCACCUUGCCAAGUUACCUACUCCUCAAUUCAAACCUUCUUAUACAAUGAAUGCAUUACCUUCUUUGAAUGGUAGUAUUGGUUAUUUAUUUACAUCUGAACCUUUGGAUGUUGGCACUAGUGGUACAGUUGACUUUCAAGAUAUGGUAGAUCAAUUUUGUCUUCAACGAACAAAUAUCUCCUCAUUAGACUCAAUACGAGAUAAAAGUUAUUUGGUAUAUGGACGUAUGUUUUUCCCUGGAGCGGCGUUGGAGUCCAUGUACGUUCGACGAUUAUCUCCACGAUUACAAUACUUGAUUACUGCUGUCAAUCAUCCACGUGAUACUGGCUUACCACAAAUGGCUUUUCAGUUACAAUACGAUGUAGGCAAAUGGUGUUCAGAAUGCUCUUAUACGACGGAUGAUGGAUUAUUGGGACUACGUGCUUUAUACAAUUUUGGGAAACCAUCAGAAGAAGGACAUGGACAAUGGUCUUUAGGAACUGAAGUUUAUUAUGGCACUUUGGACAAGAGUGGUGGAUUAUCUACUGGUUUACGAUAUCGCACUCAUCCAUCUUCAACUUCACCUAUCAAUGUCACCUACACUUUGAAUCCUAUUGUUGGUCAUAUGACUACUGCCUAUGUCGCCCAAGUGGCAGAAAACUUGGUGAUGUGCUCUCGGUUUGAAUUCAGUAUUUAUUCUUAUGAAAGUGAUUUGGCAUUAGGGUUCGAAUAUCGUACCAAAAAUAAUAACCACGACAAAGAAGAUAAGGAGAAAAACUUGAUUGUGGAUGAAACGACUACAACAGUUGCAACAAGUACAAAGAAAUUGGAAGGAUUGAUCAAAGUUAGAUUAGGAUUCUCAUCUGGACUUGCUUUGAUGUGGGAAGGACGGUACAAGAAUACUUUAUUUAGCCUUGGAUUAACGGCAGAUCUCUCCAAUCAAUCAAAUCCUAUUCGAACUAUGGGUAUGGAAGUUCAGUUUUUCUCAUAGAUAUGAUAGGAUUUUGUAACAUAGAUUUGAUAUUUGCUUUGUACAUUAGAU